UUUAAAAUAGAAGAAACUAGAGACGUGAACGCCAUUGGUUCUCUUCUCGUGACUCGUCGUCUCUCCUGAACUUUCCAAGACUUGAAUCACAAAACAGAAACUUGGUUAGCAAAGAGAAGAGAGAUCGGAUUUGAAGAAGUUAUGGAUGUCUCAGGGAGCUUGAAUUGCGUUGUAGUGGCGGUAGAUGGAAGCGAGGUGAGCAUGGAAGCUCUGAGGUGGGCUCUUGACAACCUCAAGCUCUCAUCGUCUUCUCCCGAUUCAUCAUUCGUCGUCCUCCAUGUCCAGCCUUCCCCUUCUGUCGCCGCCGGCGUGAGCCCCGGCACCAUCCCUUUCGGUGGUCCCAGUGGUCUGGAAGUUCCUGCUUUCACCGCUGCAAUCGAGCAACACCAGAAGCGGAUCACCGAUACCAUCCUGGAUCACGCUCGUCAAAUUUGUGCUGACAAAUCUGUGAAUGUGAAAACUCAAGUGGUUGUUGGAAAUCCCAAGGAUAAGAUCUGCGAGACUGUAGAGAAUUUGCACGCUGACCUGCUUGUCAUGGGUUCUCGGGCUUAUGGCCCUAUUAAGAGGAUGUUUCUGGGAAGUGUAAGCAACUACUGCACCAACCACGCGCACUGUCCUAUUGUGAUAAUUAAACCCAAAGAGGAUUCAUCGGAAUAAUCAGGAGAUAUGUAUAGAUGCAAAGGGAUAUCAAAACCAUCAUUUUUAAUUCUGUGAAGUUUUGUGAAGCUAAGGGAAGCAAAGCAAGAAUCUACCUGCUCACUCCCGAAGCGUUGAUGUGAAUGUAAACUAAUAAGAGCUACAGAAACAUUCAUUGGCUCUGACUCAGUGUAUAUGCGUUGUAUUCAUAUUCGUAUUCAUCGUUUUAUUAUUUAUGGUGGGGAUUGAAUAAUGUGAGUUGUUGCAUCAAUCACUAUAAAAAGACAUUUACAGAGCUA